AGACGUUUUGCUUCAAGCAGCCCUGCACCUGCAGCCUUGGGCUGUGCGGGGCAUGGAGCAAUACCAAAAGAUCGAGAAGGUGGGUGAGGGCACCUACGGUGUUGUCUACAAGGCGCAGGAUUCAGGAGGCAAAGUCUACGCAUUGAAAACAAUCCGGUUGGAAGCAGAGGAUGAGGGCAUUCCUAGCACAGCAAUCAGAGAGAUUUCUCUUCUGAAGGAACUGCAGCAUCCCAACAUUGUGCGGCUUUGUGAUGUGAUCCACACCGAGAGAAAGUUGACCCUGGUCUUCGAGUACUUGGAUCAAGACCUGAAGAAGCUUUUGGACAUGUGUGAGGGCGGACUCGAUUCAGCCACCACCAAGUCAUUCCUCUAUCAGCUCUUGAGAGGCAUAGCAUAUUGCCACGCUCAUAGAGUGCUCCACCGUGACUUGAAGCCACAGAAUUUACUUAUCAAUAGAGAGGGCUCUUUGAAGCUUGCGGACUUUGGCUUGGCCAGGGCUUUCGGCAUUCCUGUGAGGAGCUACACGCAUGAGGUGGUGACCUUGUGGUAUAGAGCCCCAGAUGUGCUGAUGGGUUCUCGCAAGUACUCCACCCCAGUAGACAUUUGGUCAGUUGGGUGUAUCUUUGCAGAGAUGGUGAAUGGCCGUCCUUUGUUCCCUGGAGACACUGAUGCCAAUCAGCUCCAGAAGAUCUUUAGGAUCUUGGGGACUCCGUCCGCAGAGACUUGGCCAACCAUCACCGAAUUGCCAGACUGGAAGCCAGACUUUCCAGUCUUUGAACCCCAGGCUUGGACUUCCAUAACACCUACUUUGGAACCUGAGGGUAUGGACCUCAUGACCAAAUUCCUUCAGUAUUGGCCGGACAGACGGAUAUCUGGCAAGGCGGCUCAGGAGCAUGACUACUUCAAAGAGCUCAGUGAUGCCAUCAAGAACAUGAAGUGAGUGAGCAAAGAGGAGGGUCUGUACUUGUUUCAUAGUUGCCGUUUCGGAAGCUAGAGCCAAUGAAUGCUCGGUUCGCUGUAUGGAAAAUCA